UGACAUUUCACCGGAAGUCUGGCGAGUCAGUACGUGGCGGAGCGAGCGUUGCGGCGGUCCAGCUCUCUCGUAAUAUUUGGUAUCUCGCCUGUGGUUCCGACCGUAGAGGUCACUAGGACAAAAUUUAUCUCAUAACUCAAGAUAAUAGCAUGUCCAUGUCGGGCGAAUUCGGAAACCCACUGAGGAAAUUCAAGCUGGUCUUCCUGGGCGAGCAGAGCGUUGGGAAAACUUCGCUCAUCACCAGGUUUAUGUAUGAUUCCUUCGACAACACCUACCAGGCAACCAUUGGCAUUGAUUUCCUCUCCAAAACCAUGUACCUGGAGGAUAGAACAGUUCGACUUCAACUUUGGGAUACAGCUGGGCAAGAAAGGUUCCGUAGUCUCAUUCCAUCUUAUAUUAGAGACUCCACAGUUGCAGUUGUUGUUUACGAUAUAACUAAUGCUAAUUCCUUCCACCAGACAUCAAAAUGGAUAGAUGAUGUUCGAACUGAGCGUGGUAGCGAUGUGAUCAUUAUGUUGGUGGGAAAUAAGACUGAUCUUUCAGACAAAAGACAGGUGAGCAAAACAAAAAAGCAAAUUUUGUUUUUGAAAUGUACGUGUUGCUAAAAAGUUAAAUAGCAU